AUGGGCAUUAAGAUAGACAUGGCCAAAGCUUUUGAUAGGGUAAAUGUGGAAUUUCUUCUACAAGUUAUGGAAAAAAUGGGAUUUAGGUCCCAAUGGUGCAAUCUCAUUCAUCAGUGCAUAUCAACCACCCACCUUGUUGUUCUUUAUAAUGGUUCUCCUGGAAAGUUCUUUAAACCUAUUAGAGGACUCAGACAAGGAGACCCCCUCUCACAUUACCUAUUUCUUUUCUGCAUGGAAGCUCUAUCUCGAUAUCUAACCAAUGCUGAAUCUCAAGUUCUCAUUCAUGGAACCAAAGUCUGCAGUAGAGCAUCUGCAAUCAAUCAUCUACAGUUUGUUGAUGACUGUAUGAUCUUCUGCAAAGCUAAUAUGGUUAAGUGUAACAACUUAAUCAAGAUUUUUCAAGAUUUUGGACAAUCCUCUUGGCAGUUGAUAAAAUUCCCCAAAUCAGGAAUCUUCUUCAGCAAGCAUACAAUUCCAAGCAUUGCAGACAGCAUAAGUAACACAAUGAAGGUUCAACGGAUUAACACUGCUGACAAGUAUCUGGGAUCUCCUCUCUUCACAAACAGAAGCAAGAUUCAGGCCUUCAAGCCAUGUGUGGACAAAUUAAAAUUCAGACUUGCUGGUUGGAAAUCAACUUUAUCUACAGCUGGGAAAGUCACUAUGAUCCAAACUGUCACCUCAACCUCCACCAUUUAUCAAAUGAACUAUUUCAAGAUUCCAAAGGGCACCUGCAAAGAGAUAAAUGAUAUCCAAAAGAACUUUUUUGGAACAAAGAUCAAGACAAACCCAAAGGUCUUUUCUACAUUGAGUGGGAUGAUGUUAAUAAACCAAAGGAGUUAG